AUGUCUUUCGGCUGGUCCGCCGGCGAUAUCGUUGCUGCUGUGAAGUUGCUGUAUCGGGUUGGUGUCGCACUGAAAGACUCAGGCGGAGCCUCGUCUGAAUACCAAGAUACCAUCUCUUUCCUCCGAACUAUAUCGCAAACCCUUCAGCAUCUAAAUGCGCUACAGUCUACUCCAAUAAGUGCAGAUCUCGCCGAGAACUUGCGCGAACAAUGCGAGCACAUCCGAAUGCUGCUACAGACUUUCUGCUCCGAUAUUGAGACAAGCUUCGAGCCAACCUUAGGUGCAAAUAUCAACAGAAAACAUAUAUUUGCAGCUCUAAGAAAGCUACAAUGGGCAUUUUCUACGGCAAAGAAGGUCAAACGGCUGCAGGACAGAAUAGCACUGCCGAUGACGGCGGUUGGUCUCAUGCUUGGCCAACAAAUUGUUAGAUAUAUAAUACCACCCGGCUUCAGUUCCUGUUAG